GACCCAGCCCACCGGCGUCUGGCGGGAAACGUGACUGUCAACAUCAUCGAAAGACCUUUUUUGGCGAGGCUUCGCUAUGUGUGGUUACUUGUAUUUAAUGUGCAUUUAUUGUUUUUUGUGUACUUUGUUAAUGAAUUGAGGAGUACGAGUGUCCACAAUGGUUCAAAUAGUCAUAAGAGGAAGUGUUGAUGGCAGCAGUCCUCCUGAGUGGCUGUUGAUCGAGCUGCAGGGAGAGAUGAUCUCCAGACACAACUCUGGUCUGGCAGGUAAUGUAAUGGGAGACCUGCUUUACACCAAAGAGGGGGUGCCUGUGUUAAUUGUAGGACAUCACAUAUUGUACGGGAAGCAGGUCAAACUGGAAAAAGCCUUUGCCGUCCUUACUAAGCAUCCUGCCCAAUCACAGGACGUUAUGGACAGCACCGACUACCACAAUGCCUCCCAGGUUGCCAUGAAAACCGAGCUGCAUGACUCAACCUCCUACUCCGUGUCGGCACUCAUCAAGAGAAAACUUAUCUUUAAGACGCGACCCAAACCCAUCAUCACUAAUGUACCCAAGAAAGUAUAGUGUAUAAACUGCAUUACAACACAGUACUUAUGUGGUGGCCGAUAUUAUGAAAACAGAGGUUUUAUAUUUGUUUACAAGCAGUUAGGUCUCUGGUGUGCCUGCAACCCUAACCGAAUUUUUCAGCUAAUGCCAUGAUGUGUUUAGGCUGACCUGUCUUCAAGAGAAAAAAAA